AUGUUACCAUCAACUCCUCUAAGUGGAAGACCCCAGGGGAAAUCAAAGAAGACACUAGUUGUGCCAAUACAAGAUCAAGCCUACUGUUCCCCUGAUGCAACAAUGGUCAUCAGGGGCCUCCCACCUGCAGUUAAAGAACCAGACCCUGGAGUGGGACUUGGGGUAGAAGAGGGGCUACUUUGCCAACUGCUUCAUUCUCCAGAAUUUAACUUGUUUCCCAACUCAGCUGUCUUUGAAAGCAACUUCAUCCAGGUCACAAAGAAAUGGAGAGACAUCUAUGACACAUCUACAACCUUGGCUCUUGGUGUGACCUCAUCAGUGGCAUGCCUUCCUCUUCCCAACAUUCUCCUAAUGGCCAAAGUCAAAUGGCCCAAAGGGCAAUCUCCAAAGUGGAUCAGACCAGUAGAAGCACCAACUAUCACCCUCAAAAGGAUUCUCCCACUAAAGUUUGUGGAACUCCAAGUUUGUGACUGUUCCCGGCGUAUCCUGAGGGUUCGGACAGUUACUGAAAAAAUCUACUACCUAAAACUCCACUUGGACCAUCCUGAGGUGGUGUUCCAGUUCUGGGUCCGGCUGCUGUAUAUUCUGGAGAGGGGACUGUCCAUUACCACUAAAGACCCGAGAAUUCAUGUGACUCAUUGCCUAGUGCCCAAGAACCCCUGCAAACCCUCUGGGCAUGCCCCAGAAAUGCUCGAAAUUAGCAGCCCGCCACCUGCUGGACCGAGUGAGAGCCUGGCUCUUCUUAUGGCCAAGGGAGUGUCUGAAGCUUCUGCAAAACGUUCAGCAGUCUUGAGGCAGCAAAAGAAAACAGCUAGGACCAGUGGCUUCAACAUCACGGAGAAGAUCAGAGAUGGUCAGACAAGCAACUCAGAAAAAGAAACUUCCUCUCAAGAAAGCAUUCAAAGAAAUGGAGACCUACGCUUGAGAGACUCUUUCUGUCACAGCAUGUGGGAAAGAGAAAAUCCCAGUGGGCUGCAGCCACUGUCUCUCCUUAGCACCCUAGCAGCCUCCACUUGUUGCUCUGGCCUACUGCCUUAG